AUCGUGACUAGGGCAAAGUCGGAGGCCGUGGAAAGGGAGUACGGUGCGAUUACUUUGCUGAUCAUGACAAGUUCCACGGGCUAGUUGCCAGGUCGCAGUCACGGGUAGAGUUGGUCUUUGCGUUUCCUUACAUAAUGUAUUCAUUAAAAUAAAUAAUGAAAAAUCGAUAUAUUUAAGCAAUUUUCAAGUAAAUUUACAUAGCAUAUUUGUACUUCUCAAUGUAAUGAAAUUUGUUUUCGUCGAAAAGAAAGUAUAAGUUAUCAGUGGUGAUAUCUGUUUAACAACAAACUCCUUCGAAAUGUCGAAAAAUUACGAUGAACCUGAAUGACAAGAGAACCCGACGUUUCAGAUGAACCGCACAAGUUCCAACUCCGCACUGGAGCCGCUCGCAUGCUGUCACUUGUGGAGUUACCAAUAGGAACCUUAACUUCAGAUUUCAGUCACCAGAUGGCAGGAGGGCAAGAUCCGAAGUGGCAGAAAGAUCCCGCAGACCAGAACUUCGAUUACAUGUUCAAGUUAUUGAUAAUCGGCAACAGUAGCGUGGGCAAAACGUCAUUUCUCUUCCGGUACGCAGAUGACUCCUUCACGUCGGCUUUUGUAUCUACCGUUGGCAUUGACUUCAAGGUGAAGACAGUUUUUCGACAUGACAAACGUGUCAAGCUACAGAUAUGGGACACUGCUGGACAAGAAAGGUACCGCACAAUCACAACAGCCUACUACCGUGGUGCCAUGGGGUUCAUUCUUAUGUAUGACAUUACCAAUGAAGAAUCCUUUAACAGUGUGCAAGACUGGGUGACCCAGAUAAAAACAUAUUCAUGGGACAAUGCACAAGUGAUCCUAGUAGGUAACAAAUGUGACAUGGAGGAUGAACGAGUUAUCAGCUAUGAACGAGGAAAGCAACUUGCUGAACAGCUUGGGAUUGAGUUCUUUGAGACCUCAGCCAAGGAGAAUAUUAAUGUUAAGGCAGUAUUUGAGCGACUAGUUGACAUCAUAUGCGACAAAAUGUCAGAAAGCCUAGACACAGACCCCAACAUUAUAAAUUCUGGUUCUAAAGGAACUCGACUAACUGAACAGCCAGCGGGGCCUCAGAAUGGUAGCUGCAACUGCUAACCACCUCCCUUAAUUCAUACACUCAGUAGUCACUUCAUCAACCUGACAACAAUGCGAUGACAUGUCACAACAUUUGUCCAGUUUUGACUGUUACAACAAUAAAAUAGGCAAAUGAUAACAAGAGUAUGAAACAAAGUCUGAUACAGGCUGGGUUUUAACAUAUAUUAUUUCAUAGUGGUUCACACUGCUACAAAAAAUUUGUGUAAAGCUGCAAGAUUGUUUAUGAUUGGAGCAAGAGUAAAGUUCUUACUGAGAUAAUGGCUAAAUUCUUUGGUGGUUGUGGUACUAAAACCUUGUGCAGUCAUAUUUAAACAGUUCAUAAUUUUAAUCAUGUUUUUUAAAAAAGAAUUAAAAUGAGAAAAUUGUUUGGGAAAAAUGUGGGCAGUAUAUUGUGUUGCUCUAUGAACGAUUAAGGGAACGUUUAUGUAUAUGUGUAUUUAUGUCUGUUACACACAUACACAGAUACUCCAACAUUUUACCUCUAAGCAGCUUUCUCAAUCUUCCAUAAUUUAAUCUCUGUAUUUGAUGCUGUCAAAUUAAAAGUCUCAGUUCUGUUAUAAUUUUAUCUUUCAUGUCUCUUUUUUGUUAGAUAUUCAUCUUGGCAAUGAAACCAAGAUUUCAGACGUCUUGACCUAAGCCAUUUAUGUUUCCAUGUUCAUGGUAUAAUUUAUUCAUAAUUCUACAGCGUUUCUAAGCAGGUUGCCACUGGUGUUGCCAUAUGGCAGCAAAGUGAGAAAACUUCCAUUCAGCUGAGGGUUUGUGAUAUUUCACUGGUCGGCUGUCUCACUGUACAGCCAGGAUCUACUAUAAUCACAGUUCUUGUUACUACUCAGACAGUAACACAGUUGUGAAAUAUUAUUAUGCCUAUUAAAAGUUAGCCUGAAAGAAAGACUUGAUUUUCUUUUCUGAGAAUAAGAAAUGAUCUCUGGAAUAUUUGUAGAAAUCUAUAAUACCAACUGCAUCGGCUCCUAUGCUUAGUUUCAAAAUGGCUGGAGCCAUAGUCAGUGAUGCACAUGACAUAUGAAUUUACUGAAGAUAGUCAAUUGAUAAAGGGAACCUUAAGAGGAUAAUCUUGAAAUGAAAACUGCAUGGUAUAAGUUACAUUCCUUGGAAUUCAUAUUGAUUUGUCAUUAUUCACAAUAUUGUAAGUAGAUAUAAAAUUUAAUGUUUUAAUACUUAACAAGUAGAAUUUUUUCAUUGGUCAAUAUUUUAGUAAAUACUUUUCUGUAAUAUGUAAAAGUGCUGUCUUAUGUUACUGCAACAAGACAUAGCAUCCAUGUUGUCUGUGAGGUAAUCAGCCCACUCUGUUAUAGAGUUACAACUCACGUGGGGCUCUUAUUUGUUGCCUAGUCUUCUUAGCGUAAAAUAUUAGAUAGGCUUCCUUCCACUUUGUUAGUUUGAAAUUAAUGUUAUCUAUUUUCUGCUGCCUUGCCUUAUUCUAAAAGAAUCUGCAUAUGCAGUUUAUACAGCAUUUUGUUCUUCAGUGUCAUUUUGAAAUCUAAAAUGGGUUACAGUUCUAAAGGCAUGAACUAUCUGGUUAUCAGGUACAGCCUGGUUUUCAGAUCUUUGCAUUGCUGUCAUUGUAUAAAAUCUUUUGUUUUUAAUUUAAAGUUCGGUUAUUCAGGUUAAAAGUGACCAAAAUUAAUAGUUCAUAUGCCAAAUAAUAUCAUUAUUUUCCUUUAUAUUUCAAUUCCUAUAUAAAUUUAUCAAAACCAAUUUAAUGGCAGAAAUUUAUUUGAAUAUAUUUGAUAUCCCACAAUUGGAUUCAGCCUCUUGUCAAAGAUAAGUACAGAUAUCUGAAAUAUCAACAGUUAUAACCUACAAGUAAUCAGCACUCAUAAAUAUAUAAAACAUAAUGUGCAUCUUAAAAACCUUUCUGGGUUUUGAGUAUUAAAGUGAAAGAAAAAUGUUAUUUUUGCUGUGUUUGUUGUACUCAAAAUAUAUUAACUGUUGAAGAAGCCAUAUAGACUGGAAUAAUAAUUGUUGUGAAAGCCAUGUGGUGGAUUGGAAUGCUAUAGACUUGCUGCCCACAAAUGACUCAUUUGAGUUUCAAUUUAGGUUACUAGGAUUCACAAUGGAUUUAUUAAUAUCUUGCUCGUGGGUGCUCUCCUUUGCUGUGGGAUAUGUACAUAAUGAAUGAAUCUAUGUUACUUUGUGUAUGUUACCAAACCCCAAUUUAAUUUGCCCCAAACGAUACACGUUUAUUAGGUGUUGAUAAUAUUGGCACUUAAUGGUCAGUGUUGAUGAAUCACAAAAGCUUCAGUAAAAAAGUGUUGCUUUCCCUUCUUACUUUGUGGACAGAUAAGUCCAUUGUGUGAGACUGGAUAUACUUAUUGAGAAAUGAAUGAGACACUCACUUGUGGGGUGAAAUGGUAGAAAAUGAAUAAGAAUUAAUCUAAGUAAACACAUAGAGAACUGGAGAUGGUGAGUGUCAAAGAACAGCUGCUGGUCUGCAUUACUUCAUUUUGUUUCACAUCUAUCAUUUCUUCAGCAACUGGAAGAGCUCAUUGUCUGUAUUUCUUAUUUGUUAAUAGUGAAUUCUCAGACCCAAUUUAUUGUAUAAAACUUCCAUUUUCCUCAAUUUAAGUGUAUAUAAGGAGAUAUGUGAGAGGUGAUAUAUAAUUGUAGUGAUAAAAUAAAUAUCUGCUUAAAUGUCAUCAUGAUAUAAUACUUGAAACUUCCAAGAAUCUGGGAAGGAGCAAUGUCAAUUUAGCAGACUUAUAAAAUAUGCUGCAAAUAUAGGUGAACUAAACAUUUUCUCCCAGAGAAGUCAGUCAUUGAAUAAUCAAUGUUCUGCAUGAAUGUACAAUAACAAAAUUAUUUUUAACUGCUGUCUUCUUAUGUGAGCCUUAUAUACAUCAGAUUUAACUGCAGAAGAAUUUAGAAGAAAUGUAUGGUACUCCCUGUGCAUGUAUAGAUAACCUGACUAUUGUAAUUAUGUUCAUAAUUGUUCCAGUAAAUCAAAUAUUUAAAUGUCACACAUUUUUCUACAGCACUACUGAUGUAGUGCCACAGAGUAAAAGUUAAUAUAAAUGUUGUCAUUAGGGAGCCGUAAAAAUGCAGUAAAACCUGGUUGCAAAGGAUAUAAAAUCCACAACUGUAGAAGAGCACUCCUUGCAACAAAACACAUUUUUAAAAAUAUUGUCAUAAAUUAAUGGGAUUGUUCAUUUAAAAAUGUGAUUUUGUGCAAGGAAGGUACAAGGAAGUUUACCCAUUAUGAAUACAGUCUCAAUGUGACCUAGCUCGUUAAAUCAGGGUUUUAUAAAGGAGAAAAUAUAGCAGCACGUUUCUGGUGAUUUUAAGUGCUUUAAAUAUUUAUUAGAUGUUUUAUAGAUUUCUGCAGUCUAACUUUCCCUGUCUCUUGUUUACAAAGGAACUAUACUAUCGAAAUGAUGGCAGUUUUCUCUUCCUUUCUAUAAUACUGACUUCAAAAUGCCUUAUGAACCCUCAUCAGUAUUAACACUGAACAAUAACCCAAAUCUGAAUGUUUCAAGAUAUAUUUCUCUAUCCAUGUUAUUACAAGAGAUUUUGAAUUUAACUUCAUGCCACAUUUAUUGUGCAAUAAAAAAUUUUAUUCUUAAAUACCAAAUUCUCUUGGCCCACGUCAUCAUAUAUAUAAUUCCUUAUGUACAGAAGCAGCAGAAUGAAAUGUAAGCCUACGGUGAAGUGGUUAGCUACAAGUGCUGAUCAAACAUUGCAGUUGACACUGAGUUUAGGCAGAGUAGAAUUCACUUAUCUCCUGAUGUUUUGUUCACUUUUUAUGCAAGAAGUUGAAUUAAAAACGUUGGUGGAUUCUAAUAUGAUGAUAUAUAUGAUCUUAGUCAUAACUGGCUUCACAACUCCACAUAUUUUCGACACCUUUUGAUUACAAUACAUUUACUUCAUUAUGAAACAUGAUAUUGUGAGUCAUCACAAAAAGCUUUUGUUGAUGUCAGCGUUAUGAAUAAGACUUUGGUGUCAAUGCUGAGAAUCAUGGUAUCAAGUAUGGUACAGAUAAGUAAGUAAGGAUACACUGCAAUAUCUCCAUUCAUACACAGUAUUAUGGCCUGCAUUUGGUCAUUAUUUGAGUCAGUUUGCUAUUGUGAUAAAGACUGUGUUCCUCAAACAUUUCACUAACACUUUUCUCAGAUGUUACACACCCUACAUACACAGAUAAGCAUUAAGUACUAAUGUUUCAAACUGCCACAUUAUGACAAAAAACUAGAUUCAAUGGGUGGAACUUUUAUGCAGAAGUUUAACAUCAUAAUAAGUGAACAAACAUGAUAAGUAAAACAUGAAUAUCUUAAAAUGUUUUAAAAUUCUUGUAAGUUUAGUUUUGAAAAUGAAAAAUGUAAGUCAUGUUUGACUAUACAUAGGACCAAACAUUAACUAAUGAACAAAGGAAGAAAAAUUAAAGUUUCUUGAAGUUUCUAAUAACAAGGGUAGAUUCAUUCUGAGUAAAACUCCACAAGGGAAACAACAUGAGACUCUGUUACAUAAUUUAAUUCCAGUGCAUCCAAAUACAAGAUGAAUUAAUUUAAUUAUCCUCUAAAUCAUUGCACUUUAUCAUAGUAGGUAUGUCAGUGGCAAUUCAAUUAUGUGUGUCAUAUCAUAUUAAGCAUGGCAAAAAUUAAAUUGGAACAGUAAAACUACAGUCAUCACAUACAUACCAGCAACAUAUUGUCAUGGCCAUCUCUUUGAAUAAUUUGGAGUAUCAAUUUGGGAAUAAUGUGACACAAGCCACAUGAGGGAAAUGUAUUUAUACUGAGAUCAACCUUAAUUUUCACAGCCCUGGAUACCUCAAACUGUGUGUAUGUAUAUAUUCUGUGCAGUAUGGAGUCAGAAGAUCCCUGAAGGAAAUUGAACAUGUGGAAUAUUUUCUUACAAUUACAGUGUGAGAAUGCAUACAGAAAUACACAGUCUUACACAUUGAGAAUUUGUUACUUAAUCCGAUAUGCAUCAUUUCAGUACUUGAAAUGUACGAUUACUAUUAUAAAAAUACCGUGCAUCAUUCAAAAUAACGCAUUUAAUUUAAGUGAAAUCUUAUAAAAAGGACAAUAUCAAUCCGUAUAAUCGUGGGUAGUCUAGACAUCAUAAGACUUAGUCUCAAAGCAAAAUAAUUUUAUUUGAAGAAAACCAGUACUAAAGAGAACAUUGCUCAUAGGCUUGCACACGUAAAAUAAUGUACUCUCUUGUUAUUUUUCUAAUCAUAACAAGCAGAAAGUUUAUCUAUUCUAUCUACAUUACAUUAGUAUAAUGCCACUUAUUAAAAUAAGCAAUGAAUGUAAUUUUCUGUUCAUUUAUUUAUUCAGAUAUCUGUAAAUGUAAGUAAAUGAUUGUUCCACUUUAGAGUUUCUUUGUGUUAUUAAAUACCUACCAUGUUAAAACCUUCUUCCUCGUACAAACCGAAUAAAAAAUAACAUUUAAAAAAAACAUUAAAAAUAGUCUGAAUCUUACAGACUGCGAGUGUCAUGUGUUGAUUCUUAAAAAUAUUUCCUUCAUUGCCAACAAUUAAAAAGCAGUGUAUUGUUGACUGGUUGCUAUUAAAAAUUCAUCAGAAUGUACAAGAACAAACUAACUAUGCUUGCGCUAUGAAUGUGCAAAACAGGAUCUUGCCUAGGAUAAUUGAUUUAAACCACAAUAUUUUUACACCGAUAUUCAUAAUUUUCUGUGAUGUUUAAUAUUUAAGUGUGGUAUUCUUACCCCAUUAAACUUCUGCAUGUGAUCCAUAUCAAUUUGGAUCACUUCUAAAUACAUACCACUCACAACAAGAAAUAUAUGUAUGAAGGGAUAACAUGUUAAUGUGUAAAAACUGUAAUAUGCAAGUUGUGUUUUCACUUUCAGAAACUGUCAAAACAUAAGCAAACAUGAACAAUAUGUUUUCUCCAAAGUUCAUGCACUUAUCCAUUAGUGUCAGGUAACUAAAAAAGUAAUUCUAUGAAUUUUUUGGAGAUAGAUAUAAAAGAAUAAAUUUGCUUAAAAGCAGUAUAUAAGUGUCAGCAAAGUCACAGUUAUAAGCAUCGUGUGUUUUCGAGCAAUGAAUAAAGUUCACUUCUUCCAAGCAUCAGAAAAAUUGUAACACUGAAGAACGUUCGAACCACAUAGUUUUGUGCCAUCAUAUAAUUGUAUACUAGCAAAUGACUAUCAAGCAAUAUCUACAUGUAGGACAGUAUCUCUUCUGCGCUUUAACUUACCAAAGUUGGUAAUAUAUGUAGCAUAUUAUUGAAUAAACCAGAGAUCAAAGCGUAAUUAAAUGUUAUGUAUCAUUUCUGGCAUUGGUGGUUGCAUUUGGAAUUAAGAAAUCGUCCUACAUAUUCUAUCUUUCAUUGUAAAAAGAACUAUUACUGUAAAAAAUCUGAAUUAAGGUUUUAAAUAACUGUAGUACAGGUGUGGACUCUGUUAGAUGGAAAAUGUAUUAUAUAUUGUAAGAUGUACUUAAACAUGUAUACUAUUAUGUGAAAGAUAUAUACUUAAUAUGUCAAGCAUGGCAAAAACCAGUUUUCAUUAAGUUUUAUGUACAAAACUGCAGCAUAAUGUGAUUCAAAUUAUUGUAAGCUCCUCCUGAAAUUCCAAAUUGUAUGAAAAAUGUUUGAAGACUGAAAUUAAUACAGAAAUGAGCAUUGUGCUCAUAUUUACAAAGCUAGACUACCAAAGUUUUUUUAUUUAUUUCUCCUUCAAAUGUAUACCAAAAGGGCCAAAUAAAUACACAAUUGGAUAUUUAGAAAUAUGUCAUGUCUACACACUGCUUUGGUUUAUUAAAUUUAUAGCAAAAAAAUAAGAAGUUUUACAUUUUAUACACAAUUUAUAAUUCCAUUUAAAUCUGCUUACAACAUGAAUCACAUACAGUAAACACUCAUUUAACUUCCUUCAUUUAAGGUUUUUCCUCAUUGAACAUUUAGUUUUAAUCAUCUAAAUCCCAUAAUCUCAGUGCCAAAAGCCCUCCAUUCAAGAUUUACCUCCUACUGUUCAAAUCCAUUGCUCCACCAAAAACACUUUGGAUAGGAGUUUUGGUGUCAAACAUUGCUAUUUGAUUGAACAUGCAGUAUCAAUUCUGAGCUCACCAGACAUUCCUUGAGUUACUUCACACACACACACACACACAAAAAAAAAAGGGGGUUUGAAGAUAUACAGAAUAGCUUUAGAGUGACACAAAGUGAAAAUUCAUUUCACUUAUUUCCCUAAAUACAAAAUGCAGAUUCAGUACCUUUGUUAAAUUAGCAAUAUAAACAUCAUUAAACUAUCAGAGCUUCAGCUGUUACAAAGUUUCUACUUGUUUUAAUAUUAACAUUUUUUUAAAUUCAGUACUUUCUUUCAGGAAUUAUUGCUUGUCACUUCAGUUUACAUAAGUUGCUACAAGUUUAUUACAUCAAUAACAAAAACACUUAGAACUGGAACUUUCGCUACAUGAUUGUGACAGCAUUAUCAACAUAAAAAUAAGAGAUGCUUAUGAUACAUGAAGAGACAGAUGAAUCACAUUAUGUUGAAUCAUGUUAAUAUUACCUACAUUUAAAAACAGUGAUCCACAGUACAGCUUUAAGAAGACAUAAUGGCUCUGUCCAGCCUCAAUUUAUAAAAUCUUUAUAUAGAUAUUCAUCAAAACUUGGAAACGAAUACAAGUCACCCACAACAUAACCAUUUUUAACAGCAAAAUGUAGUAAUAUGCUGCUAAUAUUUCAUAGGACGUUGCAUUGCUGCAUAAUAGUGAAUAUAAUGGGCCUAAAUCCUGUACUCUCUUUUGCAUAUUAUUACACAAAAGGCUGGGACCAUGGCAUAUCAGUUCAAUUAAAACAAAUAAACAUUACAGGUGGAUUAUACUGUUGAAACGGUAAUUUCUUAUACAAUGUUGGUGAGAAACAAAAUGAAGGUUGCUUAUUUACUGAACCAACAAGGAGGGUAGACAAAGAAAGUAAUGUAAAUAUCUAGAAGUUCCAUAACCUAACUGUGGUGAGUGAUGUUAAAUUUUGUGUGUGAAUAAAAUAUGAAUCAUAGGAGAA